AUGUCGCAGAAGAGCUUCGCGGAUGACUACUUGGACAUCGAGUCUCAGCAAGAGAACCUCCCCAUCAGUACAGGCAAAACCCCGAGGAGACGGUGGCAUUGGGUCUCCUCGGUCCUAGAGGCUCUCUGGAUGCUCGUUUCGAUAGCAAAUGGCACUGUGAGAGCGGCACAAGGCAUCGAGUCUCAGCAAGCGAUCGCCCUCAUCAAUAAUGGCAAAACCCCAAGGAGACGGUGGCGGCUGGUCUACUUGGUCCUAAAGGCUCUCCGGGUGCGCGUUUCGACUGCAUAUGACCCUGUGAUGGAUCAACAACCUGAAAUCCCAGAAUUACCUAAUACCAGGGAACCAGAGCCCACACAUGAGUUGCUCAUCAAUAACGGGCGCAACAAUCACGAAGCUACUGAUUUGAUGCUCCAAAUUGAAAACGUUGCUAGGAUGAUAAUGGAGAAGGAUUUGACUAGCUUGCAAGCCUUUGGAGGUGUCCAAGGGAUAGCUGAGGCUCUCAACAGUGAUAUGGUCAACGGAAUUCCAGGUCAUAAGGAGGACCUCCUUUGCCGACACGCUGCAAUCCUUAAACCCGAGUCGGAGGCUCAUAACAGAAGGUUCAUCCACUUCCUCAGGAAAUCUUGCAAUAGUUGCACCAUUUUGCUUCUCCUGAUUUUGGCCAUUCUGUCGUUGGCCUUUGGGAUCAAAGAGAAAGGACUGAGAACGGGUUGGUAUGAAGGCGCUCUUACACUAGGUGCCGUCAUUCUGAUCGUGAUGGUCCAUUCAGUUUGUGAAUAUAGGAAUGAAAGUUCGCGUCAGCUGUCGAGAAACCAGCCUUGGCAAAAUCAGGAACUGAAAUUUCGUGUUUUCAGAGGGGGAUGCCCUCAAACUAUUUGCAUCUCCGAUGUCCUCUUCGGAGACAUUGUGCAAUUAGAGAAGGGAGACCAAGUUCCUGCUGAUGGUUUGCUCAUACCCACUGAAUCCUUGGAAGUGAAUGACAAAGCUGAUCCCAUCAUCAAUGAUCAUAAUCCAUUCUUGUUUUAUGGUUCCAAAGUAACUGAUGGUACUGGAAAAAUGCUGGUGACCUCAGUUGGUGCCGAGACAAAGUUGGGAAAUAUGUUGAGCAGAGCUCAACCAUCAAAAAUGCCACCAGUAGAGGAGCAACUCAGAAAGCUGAGCACUUCGACACAAAUAAUCGGAAUUGUCAUCUCAAUAAUCAUCAUUGUUGUGUCGUUCUUGCGGUUCAUGGUCAAGAAGGAAUAUGAUAACACAGGCCUGCCGGACUUCUCAGGGAAGUCACAUACUCUGAAGGGAUUAUAUGAAGCUAUAAAGAGAGUUGCCCUGAGACCACAAGGGAUGUUAACUAUGCUGGCUUCUUCACUUACUUUGCUACUCGUUGGAAUAGCCGAAGGACUACCAUUAGCAAUCACUAUUGCCAUCACUUGCUGGAACAAGAAGUGCGCAAUCAUGUUUGCUCAAGAACCAUCCACAACUGCCACCAUGGCAUCAGUCACCAUAAUCUGCACCGACAAAAUGGGGGGACUUACAUUGAUCCCACAAGAAGUUGAAAGGUGCUGUAUUGGUGGAAAAGAUAUCAGUGAAGAUUCCAAAAUAUCCAUCCAUGUUCUGGCAGCAUUUUGGGAUGGGAUUGGCAUAUCUUCUCUAAUACAAGAGAACAGCCGAACCUCAGAGGAUAACUCAAUCCUUUCUUGGGCUGCAGAGAAAUGGGGAUUGAAAAUGGAAAUCUGGAAGAAACGUGACAGUAGCAUUGAGUUCAAACAGCCAACCGAGAACGAGAACAUAGUUACAGCAUUGAUUGGAAAGGAUGGAGGUAACGGGCCUAGGUUCUUGCACUGCAAGGGACCUGCAACAACAAUAUUAGACAGUUGUUCACAAUUUUAUGACAUUGAAGGGAAUACAAGGUUCAUGAAUACAAGUAAACGGAAGGAAAUUAAAGGCAUUAUUGAGCAAAUGCAGUCAAAAGGUCUUGAAUCCGUCGCAUUUGCCUGUAAGAAAGUUGAUGACUCCAAGUUUGAUGAAGGCAAUCUAGUGAUGCUGGGACUGCUGGGGCUGAAGAAGACUAGCAGGCAGGAUACAAGAACAGUGAUAGAAAAUUUUAGAGAAGCCGGAAUUAAAGUACUGAUAGUAUCGAGUGAGGAGGUUUCGACACUUAAGGAAAUUGCUACGUCGUUUGGAGUAAUACGGCCUGAUGCAGAUGCAUGGGCCAUCGAGGGCGAAGUAUUUCGGAGUAUUUCUGAUAAAGAUAGGAUGGAUAAGGCAGAUAGUAUUUUUGUGAUGGGGAAUUCCCUCCCCUCCGAUCAGCUCCUUCUGCUGAGUUGUUUGAAAGAUCAAGGACACACAGUUGCAGUGGUCGGAAACAGAACAAAUGACAUUCCCAUGCUAAAAGCUGCCGAUGUGGGACUCACGUUUGAAACUGGAAGCACUUACAUAGCAAGAAAGAGCGCCGACAUUGUCAUCAAGGCAAGCAAUCUCACAUCCAUCUCGGCCAUAGUGAAGUGCGGAAGAUGCAUAUACAGUAACAUCAGAAAAUUCAUUCAAUUUCAGCUACCUAUGACCUUAGCCGCGGGGUUGGUACCCUUAAUCACAAAUGCCUCUUAUGGAAGUUCGCCUAUAACGACGAUUCAGUUCCACUGGGCGAUCUCAGUUUUGACCCCUCUAGGUGGUUUGGCGCUUCUGAUGGAGCCACCUGGUGAUAUGCUUAUGAAGAAAUUUGCACCAGGAGCAGAUAAACAACUCAUUACCAAGGCCAUGUGGGUGAAUAUUAUCAUACAAACGGUUUACCAGACGUCUCUUUUGGCAACCAUACAGUCUAAAGGGCCUACAAUGCUCGGGCUUAGCAAGGAGGUAACCAAGACGGUGAUGUUCAACAGCUUCUUCCUAUGCCAGGUAUUCAACAAAUUCAAUGCCCGAGAGCCUGAACAGAUCAACAUCUUCAGAGGGGUUCGUCGAAGUAAAUGGUUCUGGGUGGGUACAGUUACCGCUUUGUUGUUACAGGCCACAUUUCUUGAGACAGCACAUGCCAUUGCAGGUGAUUCAAAAUUAACAUACACAGAAUGGGGAAUGUGUCUGCUUGUUGGGAUAAUCUCAUGGUUCAUUGACUUAGCCGGAAAGUGCAUACUCCUCAUGAUUAAAAAGUGGGUGACAAAGCCAGCAGGUUCAGUUGUCGGAGAUAACCGAAACCUAUCCUCAGCUGUCCCAGAACCCACUUGCAAUCUCGAGCUUCCGCAAGUGAUGGGAAAACUGGAUAAGGUGGAUUAG